AUGCAAUUCACAAGUCCAUUACUCCGGAAUCCGGUCCGAUCUAACAGGAGCGAUGCCGUCCGGUCAACAUCGGGUGUUCAACACAACCUCCAAGUUCAAUGGGAGCGAUCAAUCUCCCCGAUCUAUUUCGGUCUAGUCGCCGCCGGCUCCGGCUGGAACCGAUCAUGGUGUGUUUGGGACGUCGCGCAAAGCAAACAGCGCGCCGCCCGCGUCCAACUGCGGUUAGAAGAAAUCCUCCGUUACAAUCGAUUGUUUACUCGAGCGACCGCGGCGCAAUUCACGGGCGGUCGUUAC